GCGCUCCAAACACGGUUAGUGGAUUAUGUUCACGUGACUGUAUUUUUUUAUAGAUCAGGCCAGGCGAUGGACUUUUCGCUUCUUUAUAUUUGAAUCUCGAAGGAUUGGGGAUUUGUGGUGCUGUAUCUUGGUGCAGAGUACAUUAAUGAAGGUCUGGGUCUAUUUGUAUGGUUGGUUUUCUAUCUACCCUCGAUCCUGAUUCCGUUCAACGAAUAUAUUUUACCUGAGUUUCCCUGCACCAUCCCCAAACUACUUCGUCUGGGAGUCCCUUCAUCCUCUCUUUUUUUUAACAACUAUCACCUAAGAGUUUCUUCUCAUCCUUUUUUAAUCCUUAUUUUCCUUCAUAUGUAUCCUGAGUGCAUCAGGCUGUCUCUUCUCCUCAUACUCCGCUUAUACCCUUUAUCCCAACCCAUCACUUUAACGCAGGAAGUAAAGAAACUUGGAUCUAGAUCAACCGCAAAGAUGUCAACUAUAAGAAUUUUCUCAUAUAUUCUCCUAUAUACUUCUCUAUUUCCUAUCUGUAGUCAUGCAGAUGCAACCAUCAGUGUGAUUUCGGAUCCUCUUCACAACUCGAGUGAUGAUGUCGACUUAACCACGUUCCUGAACCUAAAAGCUCACAAGCACGAUGAGAUAUUUACAGAAGCAAUUCAGCUGCUGGAGUCCUUGAAGUCAUCGCCCUCAUGUAAUCGAAUCGCUGCUUCGAAACUUGUUACAUCAUGCCAAUCCAUUGGACGAAAGCCGGACACCCCAUUCGAGUCUACCACAUUCCUAGCGCUUGAGACUGUUCGUUCUCUAUAUGCAGCAAGGCUAGCCAUAUGUGAGAUUGAUGGAGCAGGAAUAUCGAUACCUCCUCCUUGUCUCCCUGUCAAUAUUUCACCAACGACUAGUAAAGGUAUCUUCAGAUUCUCUGCUAAGUACAAGCCAAAGACCGGCGAUACAGAUCCUAUACCCAGGGAACUACUCCAGCCUUGCCUCAGAGCAUUGGAGUCACGGCCUCAGUGGUGGACGUCUUAUAGUAACAGCAGACAAAACGCUGUGAUAAUCUGCCAAGCAUCCAGAGCAGAGAAUGAGAGAGAGGAUCUUCUGAAUCUCCACAAGUCCAUUGUAGAGAGUUCCAUCAAGCUUGAUAAUGGCUUGCAUGAAGCACUUCAGAUGGCUGCUGAGGAAUCUGCUAGACAGAAGGCUUUCAUGCAGGCAACUACGCUCUUAAGAACGGACAUGCUGCGUGAGAUGGAGGAGUCAGCCUCCGGGCUCAGAAAUACAUUUAUAAAGGCUGCUGAAGAGGCUGGAAACCGCUUUGGCUCUAUAAUUGAUCGUAUGGUAUCAGCUCUUGGGAGUCUCCAAUUUGACGUCACUGUUCUUGAGAAGGGCAUCAAAAAUUCUUCAAGAGAGGCCAGCCAGCUACAACAAACCCUACAGUUCAUUCAGGAUGAGGCACAAUCAAGAAAUGAAAAAAUUGCCUUUGCUCAGCAUCAAAACGCCAUGACUCACAACGAGCUUGUUCUAUCCCUCGAAUCGAAACUCCAGUCAAUCCUUCAAGACGAUAUGGCCCGGUUUGCGCGGAACCUGGGGAGUUUUGAUGCUUCUUUGGAAUGGCUAUAUGUGAUGGUAGCACAGAUACUACAACAAGAAGACGGUAUAUCCGAGCGGCUGCGGAGUUUUGGGAGUUCUCUAGAGGGCUUUCAGCAGAGAUUUGACAACCUGAACAAAGUCCAGCAGCAACAAUACGAAACCACUGAAGCUCAGUCCCGACUUCAGGAGAAUCUACAUAUGAGCAUGCGGAUUUCCCAAGCAAUUCUUGACCAGACAGCUGCAACUGCGGCAAAUUUGCAGACAGUGAUUGAUGAAGCGGCAGCUAAAUAUCAAGCGACGACUGUCCUGAGUGGACUUUUCAGACCGUACUUAACCUGCAUCACAUAUGGGCUUCUUGUAACUCUCAUCGGGCUCCAGAAUCCUAGAAUUGCUGUGGUUCUAUUCCUUAUUUGCAUUGCAACAAAAAUAAAGUGAUGAUAUUAUUAUUUCCAAUACUUGCAUUUAUUAUUCACUUGUACCCCUGCAUAAUAGUUCCCUUACUGAAGUG